CCGGGCUCGGCUGGCGGCCCGCAGGCUCCCCGAACCCCCGAUCCGAGGCCCGGCGGCCCGCGACACGUCUCGGAACAUGGCCAUCUGUGUGGGCCUUGCCAUGGAAGGAGACUUGAGCCCGUGCCAUGCCUGAGAAUCAAGUGUGACGCCUCCUCUCGGUACCUCAUGGUGACCCCCUCUGGCCCCUCCACACCCCAGCUCCACGUGACUCCUGAACCAUGGGGGAAAAUGAGGGUGAGAAGCAAGCCCAGGCGGGCCAGGUCUUCGAGAACUUCGUGCAGGCCUCCACGUGCAAGGGUACUCUGCAGGCCUUCAACAUCCUCACCCGGCUCCUGGACCUAGACCCUCUGGACCACCGAAACUUCUACUCCCAGCUCAAGUCCAAAGUGACCACGUGGAAGGCCAAAGCCCUGUGGUACAAGCUGGACAAGCGCGGAUCCCACAAAGAGUACAAGCGAGGGAAGUCGUGUAUGAACACCAAGUGUCUCAUCGUCGGGGGAGGACCGUGUGGUCUGCGCACUGCCAUUGAACUUGCCUACCUGGGAGCCAAGGUGGUCGUGGUGGAGAAGAGGGACACGUUCUCCCGGAACAAUGUGCUGCACCUCUGGCCUUUCACCAUCCACGACCUGCGGGGCCUAGGAGCCAAGAAGUUCUACGGGAAGUUCUGCGCUGGCUCCAUCGACCACAUCAGUAUUCGCCAACUACAGCUCAUCUUGUUCAAGGUGGCCCUGAUGCUGGGGGUGGAAAUCCAUGUGAACGUGGAAUUUGUGAAGGUUCUGGAGCCUCCUGAAGACCAGGAAAAUCAAAAAAUCGGCUGGCGGGCAGAGUUCCUUCCUGCAGACCACGCCCUGUCUGACUUUGAGUUUGAUGUCAUCAUUGGUGCAGACGGCCGCCGGAAUACCCUGGAAGGGUUCCGCAGGAAAGAAUUCCGCGGGAAGCUGGCCAUCGCCAUCACCGCCAACUUCAUCAACAGGAACAGCACAGCCGAGGCCAAGGUGGAGGAGAUCAGCGGUGUGGCCUUCAUCUUCAACCAGAAGUUCUUUCAAGAUCUGAGGGAAGAAACAGGGAUUGAUCUGGAAAACAUCGUUUACUACAAGGACAGCACCCACUACUUCGUCAUGACAGCCAAGAAGCAGAGCCUGCUCGACAAAGGAGUCAUCGUCAACGACUACGUCGACACAGAGAUGCUGCUGUGCGCCGAGAACGUGAACCAGGACAACCUGCUGUCCUACGCCCGCGAAGCCGCCGACUUUGCCACCCACUACCAGCUGCCGUCCUUGGACUUCGCCAUGAACCACUACGGGCAGCCCGACGUCGCCAUGUUCGAUUUCACGUCCAUGUAUGCCUCCGAGAAUGCGGCCCUGGUGCGCGAGCGCCAGGCCCACCAGCUGCUGGUGGCCCUUGUGGGUGACAGCCUGCUUGAGCCAUUUUGGCCCAUGGGCACAGGCUGUGCCCGUGGCUUCCUGGCAGCCUUUGACACAGCGUGGAUGGUGAAGAGCUGGGACCAGGGCACCCCGCCCCUGGAGCUGCUGGCCGAAAGAGAGAGUCUUUACCGGCUGUUACCUCAGACGACCCCGGAGAACAUCCACAAGAACUUUGAGCAGUACACGUUGGACCCAGGGACACGUUACCCAAACCUCAACUCUCACUGCGUCAGGCCCCACCAGGUGAGACACUUGUACAUCACCAAGGAGCUGGACCGCUUCCCUCUGGAGAGAUGGAACUCAGUGAGGAGAUCUGUGAGCCUUUCCCGGCGGGAGUCAGACAUCCGGCCCAACAAGCUCUUAACCUGGUGCCAGCAGCAGACCGAGGGUUACCAGCACGUCAACGUCACGGACCUGACUACGUCCUGGCGCAGUGGCCUGGCCCUGUGUGCUAUCAUCCACCGCUUCCGGCCAGAGCUGAUCAACUUUGACUCGCUGAACGAAGACGACAGUGUACAGAAUAAUCAGCUGGCGUUUGACGUGGCCGAGCGUGAGUUCGGGAUCCCACCCGUGACCACCGGCAAAGAGAUGGCGUCAGCCCAGGAGCCCGACAAGCUCAGCAUGGUCAUGUACCUGUCCAAGUUCUAUGAGCUCUUCCGGGGCACCCCGCUGAGGCCUGUGGAUUCCUGGGGCAAAAACCAUGGAGAAGUUGACGACCUCAACUUGGCCAAAUCAUCCCUCUCCAAUAGCUAUCUCAAUCUCACGUUUCCGAGGAAGAGGACUCCUCGAGUCGAUGCCCAGACCGAAGAGAAAGACAUGAACAAACGGAGGCGGAGAGGCCAUAGCAACUUGGAAGAGCUGUCAACCUUCUCCAGCCGUAGCUUGGGCACCAAUCAAGAGGGCAGUGGCAGUAAGGAAGGCGGAAAUCAGAACAAAGUCAAAUCCAUGGCCAACCAGCUGCUGGCCAAGUUUGAGGAGAGCACUCGGAACCCCUCGGCUCUGAAGCAGGACCGCCGUGUCUCAGGGACAGGUGAGCCUGACCGGUGCUCUUCCUCUCUCCCUCCUGGCGCCUCUCGCUGCCCUAAGCUGGAGCAGCUGCCUCCUCUGAAAAGGCAGUUCCCCUCCGCCGUGGUGACGGGGCAGGUGCUCCGAGAGCUCAAUCAAGUGCCUGCUGGCGGGGAGUACCCGAGCAGGCCCUGGAGAGCCAGAGCCAAGUCAGACCUGCAGCUGGGGGGAUCAGAAAACCUCGCCACCCUGCCUCCCAACAGCCAGGGCGCACUGGCUCUAUCCGGGGUUCUACGGCGGCUGCAGCUGGUGGAAGAAAAGAUUCUGCAGAAGAGGGCCCAGAACUUGGCUAACAGGGAAUUUCACAAAAAGAACAUCAAGGAGAAAGCAGGUCACCUGGCCUCCAUGCUUGGAUACGGGGAUUUCCCACAGAAUAAGCUCCUGUCUAAAGGCCUGCCCCACACUCAUCCUCCAUCUCCUCCCUCUUGCCUUCCAUCUCCUGAUCCAGCUGCUCCUUCCUCUCCACCAGCUGCUGAUUCUACUUCUCCUGCCAGAAAGCUGACGGUAGGGAAGGUGUCCAGCGGCAUAGGGGCUGCGGCUGAAGUUCUGGUCAAUCUGUACUUGAAUGAUCACAGACCUAAGACCCAGGCCGCCUCUCCAGACCUGGACUGUGUGCGGAAGGCGUUUCCCCUGAACCUGGGCGGCAGUGACACCUGCUACUUCUGCCAGAAGCGCGUGUACGUGAUGGAGCGGCUGAGCGCCGAGGGCCACUUCUUCCACCGGGAGUGCUUCCGCUGCAGCGUCUGCGCCGGCACCCUGCGCCUGGCCGCCUACGCCUUCGACCUCGAUGAAGGCAAAUUUUACUGCAAGCCUCAUUUCAUCCACUGUAAAGCCAGCAGCAAACAACGAAAAAGGCGAGCGGAGUUGAAGCAACAAAGAGAGGAGGAGGAGACGUGGCAGGAGAAAGAAGCCCCCCGGAGAGACACUCCCACGGAAAGUUCUUGCGCAGUGGCCGCCAUCAGCACCCCGGAAGGCAGCCCCCCAGAUGAGCCUACCUCCCCCAAGAAACCGAAGAGUGUCUCGGAGCCACCGCCCAGCGACACGGAAGGGGGCGUCACCUCCCCUCUGCCCUCUGAAUGGACCUCGGUGAGGAUCAGCCCCGGAGAGGACGCGGCCGGGCAGGACGUGCUGGCUGUGCGUGUGCUGGUCACCAGCGAGGACAGCAGCUCUGAUACUGAGUCGGACCAUGGUGGCAACCAGGCCUGUGAAGAGAGACACUGGCGGACAGAGUCCCCACCUCUGCCAAGGUCCCUAGCUCGGCACACUUCCCUGAGGGAGCCGCUGACCGGAGCAGUCUCUCCACUGCGACCUGAGGAGCCUCACAUUGUGACUGCUUUGCAAAGAGCCAACAGCUUCCAGUCUCCUACUCCAAGCAAACAGCAGAACUGGAGAAGAAAAUUCCAGUCCAAUUUCAUGCCAGCGAACAAAACAGCACUGCCACCUCCACGGGAACCUUCUCCUCUUCCUCCUGCUUCGAGGUCUCCUUCCUCUGCCCCUCCGUCUUCCUCUUCUCCAGCCGGUGUCCCUGGGUACACUCCAGAUGGCUCCUCUCCUCCGCAGGUGACAGCCUACACCCCCCAUCCAGAGAUCUCCAGAUGCAAUUUCAGUGUCUCUACUCCAAUCUAUCUGAGGAGAGCCAGAGCCCAAGGCAGGCCCAGGGACAUGCCCCUCUCUCUGCCUCAUGGCCCGGCGCUGGAGCAAGAAGACUCUGUGGCGGUGUGCCCUGGCGGAGCUGACCUCACCUGCUCCCCUGAGAUGCCUUCUAAGAAGUGUCCCAAAGUAGAGACUCUUCGUGGGAGUACCAGAAGCAGCCACCAAGACCCACACCCCAUCAAAGUGCAAAACUGGUGCUUGCCUGACCGAAACAUUGCACUCAGCUCUGCAGAGAACCCAGGAGUCAGGAAUGACGGAGCCAGAAGGGGACAGGCGAGUGGCCCCGAGCUGAUGGAGGAAAGGAAGUCUGGCUUGAAGAGGUUAGUUCUCACUCAGGAACAGAAGAGCAUGCUGCUGGAUUGGAACGACGCCAACCCCGAGAAGAUGCCCAGCAAGACCGGGGAGCCCUUCUCUCGGGAAAGUCAUGUGCUGACACCGGGCCAGCCCUUGACCACCUCUCAGGGGGCGAAAAAGACGCUGCCAGGCCAGCCGGAGGCCUGGGAGGAGAGGCGCUCUCCAGCUGCACGAGCUCCAGGGGAGCGAAGUGUGCCUCCCCCCAAGUCCCCCCUGAGGCUCAUAGCAAAUGCCAUCCGAAGGUCCCUGCUCCCCAGUUCUGAAGGUGGGAAGAAAGCCUGCCCCAAACCUGAAUCGAAAACAUUAUCCCCAGGCCAGCCGCAUGCGCCUACUCGCUCCUUUAGCCUUCGGAAACUCAGUCCCAGUAAAGAUGGGGACCAGCAGUCCCCAGGAAGACUCAUGACAAAGAAGGCUUCAGCUUUCUUCUCCCUGGCGUCCCCAACCGCCAGGACUUGCCCAGAUGUGGACCUGAGCCUUCCUGACCCUUCCUUCCGUACCAGGAGUUUGCCCAACCGGCCAUCCAAGAUGUCCCCUGCACUUGCAUUCCUACCCAGCAGCAAGGUUGAAGAUGUCCCCACGCUCCUGGAGAAGGUGAGCUUGCAAGAGACGCUACCAGAUGCCUCUAAGGUUCCAAAGAGAAAACCUUCCAUUUUUUCCUCCCUUGGAUUCAAAGACAAGUCCUUUGAGAGUUUACUCCGAGAACCCAAACAACGAAAGGACAUCGGGAACCUCUUUAGCAGCCUCAAAGGGAAGGGGCUGGCAGGAAACAGUGUCCCAUCCCCGGAGAAGCUGGGAAGGACCCCCCUGGCGCAGGCGGCAUACCCUGUGCCUGCGGCCGAGCACGCAAGCUUCAGGUACACCCCUUUCGGAACGUGCAUGACAGAGGCUGCCCCUUCUACCUCCUCCUCCUCCUCUGCAGAUGAAGAGAUGGAGCCCCACCUUCCUGCAAGGCUAAAGAAGACGGCGACGCUCAGAAGUAGAAAGAGGCUGGAGAGAGCAACGAAGCAGUUGAUGAAGCAAGAAGAACUGAAAAGACUCUACAAGGCUCAGGCCAUCCAGAGGCAGCUGGAGGAGGUGGAGGAGCAGCAGAGGGCAUCCGAGAUCCGGGGCGUGAGGCUGGAGAAGGCGCUGAGGGGAGAAGCAGCAGAUUCAGGGACACAGGACGAAGCACAGCUUUUGCAGGAAUGGUUUAAGCUGGUUCUGGAGAAGAAUAAAUUAAUGCGAUAUGAGUCGGAGCUACUGAUCAUGGCCCAAGAACUGGAACUGGAAGACCACCAGAGCAGACUGGAGCAGAAAUUAAGAGAGAAGAUGCUUAAGGACGAGAGCCAGAAAGAUGAGAAAGACCUGAACGAGGAGCAAGAAAUCCUCACAGAGAUGAUGCACGUGAUUGAACAGAGAGACAGACUAGUGGACUCCUUAGAGAAGCAACGCAUCCGGGAGAAGGCUGAAGACCAGAGCUUCGAGAACUUCCUCUUCUCCAGGGCCCCUCAGCUGAGCAGGACGUGAGGAACCCAUCCUCUCGGGAGCCCAGAACAUCCCACUUGCUCACCCAGGCACUGAAUGUAGACCCUACUACAUUUUUUUUUAAUUAAAAAUCUCUUCUAUGAGUUGGGCAUGGUAUUUCAUGCUAUAAUCCUAGAACUCAGAAGGCUGAGGCAGGAGGAUUAUAUUGAGUUUGAGGACAGCCUAGGCUACGUGGUGAGUCCUAGACCAGCCCCGAAUCCAGAAACAACAACAAAAACCUCUUAUGUUUCUCACGCGCACUACAGUUUCCCAAGAUUUUUCCAGAGACUAAUGAAUGGGCUUGGCGGUGUGUGCCGUCGGACAGGCUCUCAGGCUGGAGGUGUUCUUGGCAGGUGACCAGCAUUGUUUUCCCUGGAAAGUUCCACCAGGACUCUAUUUUCCCACUGCUCAUCAUCUGCCUUUGCAAUUCAUUGAGUUACAUGUUGUAAGACUAAAGAGCUGCCUUUUCAUUAAUACAUU